UGCAAUUCAAAUCAUUUUCUAAUUUAAUUUUCCGAUUGGUUUGGUUCUGGAGUUUCUGCUAAUCAGUCUAGCCUUUGAUCAUAGCUAGUUUUUUUUUUUUUUUUGAAAAAGUAGAAAGCUUCGAUGACGAUGAUUCCAUGGGGUGGAAUCAGUUGCUGUUUGAGUGCAGCUGCUCUAUACCUCCUUGGCAGAAGCAGUGGCAGGGAUGCUGAGCUUCUUAAAUCUGUAACAAGGGUCAAUCAAUUGAAGGAGCUGGCACAACUGUUAGAUGCGGAAAUCUUACCCUUGGUUGUUAGCAUUUCUGGGAGAGUCAGCUCUGAAACCCCAAUUCACUGUGAGUUCAGUGGUUUAAGAGGAGUAAUAGUUGAAGAAACGGCAGAGCAACAUUUUCUUAAACACAAUGAUGCUGGUUCAUGGAUACAAGAUUCUGCUUUAAUGCUAUCCAUGAGUAAAGAAGUUCCUUGGUAUCUGGAUGAUGGAAGUGACCGCGUGCAUGUGGUAGGAGCCCGUGGUGCCACAGGAUUUGUAUUACCUGUUGCAAGUGAGGCAUUUGAAGAGUCCGGUAGGUCACUUGUACGUGGUACAUUGGAUUAUCUCCAAGGUCUCAAGAUGCUUGGGGUCAAGAGAAUCGAACGGGUACUUCCAGUUGGGACUUCCUUGACUGUCGUUGGUGAGGCUGCUAAAGAUGACAUUGGGACUAUUCGAAUUCAGCGACCCCACAAAGGGCCAUUUUAUGUCUCUCCCAAAACACUUGAUCAGCUCAUCGCAAAUCUGGGGAAAUGGGCAAGAUGGUAUAAAUAUGCGUCUAUGGGCUUGACACUAUUUGGUGCUUACCUAAUAGCUAAGCAUGCUAUUCGGUUCAUCUUGGAAAGACGGCGUCGUUGUGAACUGCAAAAAAGGGUUCUUGCGGCCGCUGCUAAGAGACAAGGACAAGAUAAUGAAGGUGAAAAAGCUGACACCUCACUAGACGGCAUGAAAAGGGACCGUUCAAUGCCAGACUUGUGUGUAAUAUGCCUGGAGCACGAAUAUAAUGCUGUCUUCGUACCAUGUGGGCAUAUGUGCUGCUGUACUACCUGUUCUUCACACUUAAACAAUUGUCCUCUUUGCCGGCGGCGGAUCGAACAAGUAGUGAAGACUUUUCGUCAUUGAGUGUUGAGUAUAUACACGGCAGCGCCGAACUGAAUAACGCAACACGGGACAUGGAAAUCUUGCAACAACCCUGUUAUUGUUGAGCUUAGGACUAUAUGAAACUUUUUGCACCUUUUUCACGAGUCUUUUUCACAGUAUUGCUUUGCCCAGGAGCAAUUCUGAAACAAAACUGCCCUGAAUGAAAUAUGGAGAUGGUGAUUUGCUGAUUGAUGCUUUAUGCUUCCAAAAAUGUACAUAUCUAUCGUCAUCAGAAGAAGAAAAAGGGUUGUAACUUGUAUGUUUACUGCAAUAUAUUGUAUAUUGCCGUUUUAUUUUAUGAUGUUUUCUACAUUGGUUACUACUAACAUGUAUGAUAUAUUCUCGUGAGACAUAUAAUAAUGUUUACAUAUAUGUACUUGAUAUAGGUUCA